UAACUGGUAGAUUUAGGAGGUUUUAACUGGCUUACCAGUGAGGAUCUUCUUAACACAUGGGUGGAUUCGUGGGACUCAGUUUUCGUGGUGGUCAUCCGAUUCAUCUUUUAAACUAUAUAUAUAUAUAUAUAUAUAUGUAUUUACAGUUUGUUCACCAUGUGAUCUACUCGUGUUUUUUAGUCUGAACAUGCCUGUUAGUUUGACCAUUUCUGUAUUCUUCAAGUUAACAAAGAUUUCUGAAGAGAUUGUUUUCGUUAGAUAGAUGCGGAUCAGAUCUGUCGUUUUGUACUGCAUGGAAACGAGAAGAUGGUACCCAAAAAUCACAUCUUUGAUCGACUUUCUCACUCUAUCGAAGGACUUGCUUCUUCAUGUCGGUCGAGCUCUCGCCAUUCUGCAUGGACUCACCCCCCUUCCCGAGGUUCUUCAAGUUUUCUGACAAGCCUGUGUAGCGGCACUCCCGAGAUACAUCUGAGGGGAUGACCUAGAAUUUUUUUUUUGUGAAAAUUAACAGAAAGUUGGAUCGUUGGGUUUUUCUCAACAGCUGUUGAUUACGUGAAUUUUUUUGUCCACUGCCAUCUAUUCGUGUGUCGUGCUUUACAUGAAGGAUGAUUUCGUUUUACUUCACAGAUCGUAACAGAGUGCAAUGUGUUUGCAAUUGACAAAAGAAGAAGAAGAAGCAGAAGCCAUUUCCUUGCUCUGGAAGGCCUGCAGUUGCUUGAAAAGUGGGUGAAGCAUUGUGUGAAUUCACGACCAAUUCAGGAUGCCUGAGAUCAUGACCUGGAACAAGUUACACAUUCUGGAAGGAGUUACACAACCCACAACGCAGGAUGUGACCUCGAAGAAACUGCACAUGGAAUGAUUCAGUAUUUAGGACAAAUUUGGUUGUGAGGGUUGUGUGAUGAGGUGCUGGGCACGAUGAAGACCGAAGGAGGUGAGUGCAUGGACACGAGAUGUAAGGCAUCAAAAUGUGUAGGACCAAGGCCGAUAACAUGCCCACCCGGGUGCCCUAAACAGAAUGCUGUUCGUAGGAUCUCUCAGACGGAAUACAGAGAUAUUCACGCUGCUUCAUCACCAGGGCAUUGCCUGGAUUUCAAAAUGGAGAAACCUGGAUACCCUAAACCAAGGCCAUUUCCUCCAGGAUCAAAGCCAAUACCUCCAAAGCCUCCUGGAGGGGCGCCACCGGACAAAUGCGGCACUGAAACAUUCCUGGACACAUUCGAUUGUCAGGAGCAACCGUGGAGGCCAUCCAAUCAUAAAGUGCCAAUACAUCAUGAACACAGUUACCAGGAGCUUUUUAAAUCUUCUGUACACCAAGGGAAAUUUUGCCAUGACAACUUCGGAGAUACUGCUAUCUGUGAGCCGAAACCCGAGUGGAGGACCAGUAAAGCAUAUAAUCCAGAUGGUCAUCAAUGUGGAAGAUCAUAUAACUGGCGGUCAUCCGUGAAGUGUAAUGGUGAAAAGAACUACGUCGAGAAAGAUUGGAGACCUUCUGUUAGUAGUAAUGCUCCACUUGAAGGAGACUUCGAGAAGCCCUUCCGAAGCCAAAUUGUGGUGUACCCAGGAUGUUCUCAGCGUAAAACAACCGAGGAAAGUCCUUUCCGAUCAACAAUUCGAUACAUUCCAGAGUUUUACCCAACCCGGUCGGGUUGGAGAUCGUCACGAAAACACGUUUGCAUGAACAAGUGUUAUCAUAAGUCACCGAAAUAUGUACACGUUUGGAAUUCUGUUCCUGCUUUUGAGACAACACAAAACUUACCGCCUAGAGAUCUUAGAAGGAAUAACCCACUUUACGAGAAACAACAUCCACCUCAUGGCAUCACCUGCGAGCUUCCUCACGUGGACCUCUCAUGCACGACACCUCAAAGUAGUGAUGAAGGACAACUUACUUCAGGAACAAGGAAGAAUCAAGUUCCGUGUGCGACGAGUAGCAAUCCCACUUACGCUGACGGCAGAGACAGGUCCAGGAGGCGCAUUAUUCCUACUGGGCACAUAGACCAUCUCACUUCAAGCUGUCUUUGUGUUUGCAAAACAAAAGACGCAUUCAGGCCGAGCAUUAAAAUAAUAGAUGGUGUUCAAUAUCAUCCUGUUUCAGAGAGAAAUGUAAUCUCCGGGCCACUGGCACCUGGAAAUGAGGUGCCACCUCGUUUUCGAAACAGCGGACCACUUCAACCUGAAGCUAUGGCAACUUUCAGCAAGGACAUCAUUAAUGGCCGCUUCCAUAGAGACAAACUACCGAAAGAGUUUCUGACAGAGCAAAGAGCACAAUUCAGAUCCUGUAAACCUCGGCUACGGCAAGAAAUUUUCAAUGACGCCCACCAGGCAUACAAAGAAAAUAGAUGUGAUGACUUAACAGUAAAUCCCUCAAUAUCAAGGUACCUGUAUGAAGAUAGGUUUGCAACUGUAAGGUGAUGGCAAACUGUGCACACUGGAAACAGGUUCAUGUGGUAAAAAUCAGAUUGUCCUUUAAAAAUAUUAAUCAUAGUUUUGCAAAACUUGUAGAUUUGAUGGGUUGUUGUGUAGUUAUAUUUAAUAUAUCUCCUCAAAAGAAGGUGGAUUCCUUUGUAUUCUGUGCCCUUUUUUUCUUCUUUUAAGGCUCUAUUUGUAACUCUUUUUAAAAAUUAUGGUUGUUUCAA